UCCAGGCUCCAACCUCCCUCGGCCUGCUGCCGCUCGCUGCCUUCCCUGCCUGCCACUGUCGCGUCCUGCCUCCACCCCAACCUCCGAGAGGACCUCGGACCUCUGAAACCAACACGCGACUUCCCCUCCCCCGCCUUCUGUCCCGUCUCGAUUUUUCGUGCUCGAUCUUCCAGGAGGCGCCGAAGAGAACCAUUGCAAACGGCGAGGAUUACGGCUCCCAGAGAGAGAGCGAGAGAGAGAGGGCACUCGAGAGGAACCAAAUGGGUCCUCGCCGGCGGUAAGACCAAAAUGGCUGGUUGACGAGUGAUAUUUUGUUUUUCGGGUGAGUGUCCGUUCGAGGGCCGUCCCUGGGACGCCUUCUUCCGUAGUGCUGCCAAUCCUCCGAAGGAACCCGAGGAAGGAGAUUCCUAAUACACGAUGCCCUUCCCUUUGCCCUUCCUCUCCGCGGCGAAGGAGACCGCCUCGACUGUCUGGACGGGCGUGAAGGGCGCCAUGCCCGAGUCGUGCCUGGGCGGGCCCGACGAGCGCCUCAACUUCGCCAAAUUCGGGCGGAAUCGCGGCGAUGUGGAGAUGACCGCCGUCAACAAGCCCGAAGGAGGAGGAGGAGGAGGAGGCGAGCCCGGAGAAGGCGGGGGAGAGCUCGCCGAAGGGCUGGAGGGUCAGCCGCCCCUGCAGAGGGAGGGGUCCGUGGGCAGCAUGUCCACCACGGUUGGGGUGGAGGGGUCGGAUCACGACAUGAUUACGGAGUGGCAGGCGGGCUGGAACGUCACUAAUGCUAUCCAGGGGAUGUUCAUCGUGUCCCUUCCAUACGCCGUGCUGCACGGAGGCUACUGGGCCCUCGUGGCCAUGAUUGGCAUAGCCUACAUCUGCUGCUACACGGGCAAGAUCCUGGUGGACUGUCUCUACGACCUGAACGAGGAGGGACAGUUGGUCAGGGUUCGGCACUCCUACAAGGGCAUCGCUAAGGAGGUCUUCGGCCAAAAGUGGGGCGGGAAAAUCGUCAACUCAGCUCAGUUAAUCGAGCUGCUGAUGACCUGUAUCCUCUACAUCGUGCUCUGCGGAGACCUGAUGAUAGGCAGCUUCCCAGACGGACCGAUUGACACCAGGUCUUGGAUGAUGAUCUGCGGCAUCAUCCUCCUGCCCUGCGGAUUCCUCAAAAACCUCCACCACGUCUCCACACUCUCCUUCUGGUGCAUGAUUGCCCAUCUCGCCAUCAACAUCAUUAUCUUCGCCUACUGCAUAGGCAACGCCCCCACCUGGGCUUGGUCCAAAGUCAUGUUCCGAAUUGACAUUUUAGAGUUCCCAAUAGCUCUUGGGAUCAUCGUCUUCAGCUACACUUCCCACAUCUUCCUGCCAACGCUCGAGUACAACCUCAUCGACAGGUCUAAAUUCACCUGCAUGUUGAACUGGAGUCACAUCAGUGCUGCCCUCUUCAAGUCUCUUUUCGGCUACGUUGGGUUCCUGACCUGGGCCGAAGACACAGAGGAGGUGAUCACCAACAACUUGCCAAACCCGACCUUCAAAGGUUUUGUGAAUCUCAUCCUAGUUGUGAAAGCGCUGCUGUCUUACCCACUACCUUAUUAUGCUGCUUGUGAAAUCAUCGAAGUCACUUUCUUCCGAGGUCGUCCAAAAACGGUCUUCCCCUCUGUCUGGGCACUGGAUGGGGAAUUGAAAGUCUGGGCCUUAGGCAUACGGGUGAUCGUAGUAGUGUUCACCAUCCUCAUGGCCAUAUCAAUCCCACACUUCGCCAUCUUGAUGGGGCUGAUCGGGUCCUUCACUGGCACGAUGUUGUCCUUCAUCUGGCCCUGCUACUUCCACCUAAAAAUAAAGGCCGGGAAAUUAGAGUGGGGAGACAUAGCCUACGACUGGUUUGUUAUUUUCUUGGGCUUCCUGUUUGGCAUCAUUGGCAUCACCACAUCCUUCUAUGCCCUGAUAGAGGCCUUCCAGAUUGGUCUGCCCUUCUAGUGCUCAAGAGACUGUAGUCCUGUGGUUUAUACUUUGCCUCAGAAGGAGGCUCAUGCAUCCAGAUUAAAGUUGUUGCAGCGCGCAGUGAUGCGAAGUCUGCGGAAGUUUGUUCUCAAGUUUAGUUGCGGGCAGCACGCACAUUCAGAAGUAUACAAACUUGCGCAAAAUUUGUAUAGAUUUAUUAGCUUGAAAAGUUCUCGAUGCAGCAAUAAGAAUCUCAGUGGAGAUGGGGAAGUGUGGCACCUAAGUAGACUUGCCAGCAUAUAGUUAGCAGCUGAACAUGUGUAGUUGAUCCAUAGAGGAGCGAGAUCUCAGAAUACAAAUCAUGAUCUGUCAACAAAGCACCGGAGAGUAAUCCAGAAUGUUGGAUAGCAGACGUGCUAAGAGCCAGCAAACUGCUGUGGCAGCAGGCAUUGCCUGAUUGUUUUUGUCUGACCAUUGAUCACAAGGGUCAGGCUUAACCGUGUCUUCCAGGGAGUCAUAUCCCACCUUCUCAGAGUAAACUUAUUACCUGAUGGUAACCAAGUCUUCCAAUUAAUCGUGAUGCAGUUUAUAAUAGCCAGCCGUUGGUCGCUAGGAAAAAAAAAAAAAAAAAAAAAAAAUUAGAGAAUAGUCGACAGUGCAAAGCGGUCAGGAGCUCCUUCUUUAGCUCUACUGAUGAAAACAAAACAUGAGGGAAAAAGUGUAGUGUUAGUUAGAAAAGAAAAUGCUUCCCUAGUGCCUCUUCAUGAUCCCUGAGAUAGACCAGUCGUGAGUUUUCAUUGUGUAUGAUGAACAACCUCUUUUCUGAUGUAUGUGCGUACGUCUGUGGCAGAUCUACAAAAAAAAGAAUAACACUUUCCACUUACUCUCCAUGAUGUCUCUAGGCCUAAUCUUUUAAAAAAAUGUAAUUGUAUUGAAUCUAGCUUGUUUGUCCUGUUAGAUGACUGGGGAGUGUGUCUGAAAGUCAUAGACAACUGAAUGGUCUUAUCUCUUGGGUAAUAUUCUUUGGCAACAACAACCCGUAAGCAUUUCCAGUGACAUCAUCAAAUUUGACCCUCCUAUGUGACCAGCCGGCAGGAUACUUCCAUGUUACCAAGUCUUCCAGUAACUCAAUGUGAUGAUGUUUUCAGUCAUGAUGAGUGAAAGUGGGUGAGUGAUGGAUGAUCCGUUGGUCGAGUCGGAUUUCAGAUCCUUCUUAAGAGGUAUGUUACAAGGUAAUCCCAAUUCUUUAGUAUUCACGGUUAUUUAUACGUGUUUGUAUACAACAGAAGCACGGUUCUGAUUGUAGUGAAUGAAUGAAAGAAAGCUAAAAAAUGACACCGUUAUCAUUCGGUAUAUACGCUUCUGUAGCAGGUAUAUUGAUCUCGAGCUUGAUCGUUUAUGCAGCCACAUAACGGAAUAUCUACAUCCAUAGAAUCUGCUUAAAAGCAAUUGGUCCUCUAUAAAGGUUUCUUACGUGAAAUAGCAAUGAGAAACUUAUCUACGAUAGCAAAGAGUCGCGGAGUGAGGGGGCGAAGGUAUAUACCAAACCACACAGUUCAUGAUUCGUCGAUUUUCGACCUGGAAAUCGCUGUCGUCUUUCCCACCGUCGUAUCAUUAUGCUUAAGGGGACUUUCACACACACAUACGACAGAGACAAUUCAUCAUCUUUUACUCUUUCAUUUCAUCAUUGAGGCGUCUUUCUACUGAUGUGACGGCAUUAAAGGGAUAAACCCAAUCCCAGCUCCCUUUUGGAUUAUCUGCUUAGGGGCUCGUGGGAUAUGGCCGUUGCGUCUAUCAGCUUUAAAACCCAGCCAAUGGAGAGAGAGAGAGAGAGAGAAAGAGAGGUAGGGUGGGUGUAGGAGUGGGAUGGACCAUGUAGUGGUUGGAGGGGUUCGACCCCAGGAACUGGCUGUUUCUAAUAUGACGUCACAAGAGAGGGGAGUACGGCUUUCGGUUUGGGUAUUUUGGACGUCCCAAAGAUCAUCGAAUUUUUUUUAUAACUUCAUAAGUUUUUCUUAUAUAACAUUUUAUGAGUUUUAGUCGAAUUGUUAUCACUAUCGGCGCUGUAUCUCGUGUGAGUUAUGGUUUAGGUCUAAACUGUAUGGUCAGGGAUCUAUGAGAACUCAGGACGUUUGAGAAAAAUCCAGCUCCGUUUAUAUUCAUCGAUGAGAUUCAUGUCUCUCUCUCUCUCUCUACU